UUUCCCUCGCCCCUCGGAGCAAGAGGACCUCUUCCGGGUGGUUUUGGUUGCGCGCCGCUUGUCCGCUCACCCUUCGGCCGAAAUAUAGCAAGCCCAAAAUGUACUACAAGUUCAGCGGCAUCACACAGAAGCUGGCCGGUUCUUCUGCCAUGACGGCCUACAUCCCGCAGGGUCUGAGGCCAAGUGUACCAACAGAAUCCCCUUCCAUGAUCUUUGCCACACCCACCAAGGUGGUGUCGGAGCGCGGGGCCGUGGUGGAGUACUUGGGGGCCAACAAGGUGCCUGACUUGCAGAGGAUAUUCCAGACGCCAGAUGGCCUCCCCGUUCACAUGAAGCGUGGGGUCCCUGACAAGCUGCUGUACCGCACCACCAUGGCCCUGACCGUCGGAGGGGUUCUUUACUGCCUGGUGGCUCUUUACAUGGCGGCCCAGCCCAGAAACAAGUGACCCGCGCCAACCCUCACUUGACACUUUUAUUCGCAGCCACGUUUCCACCAAGCGGUCCAAAAAAAGUUUCUAUUGCACGUCCAAUGUUGUAACAGCGGUAAGGAGAAAACUGCUUAGUGCUGAUGAGUCCUUUGUAAAUAACAGUACGACAAAUCUAACACAUGACUUUUGCGCCAACAGCUGAGAACAUUUUAGGUAAAGAAACCAAUCAUGACACUUCAAAGCAGCCACUGCCUAGAGGUUGCUUACAGCCACAGCUGCUAAUGGCAAAUGUUCUGCCGCAAACACAAGGUGAGGCACCAAGCAAUCGGACAAAAGUAAAAAAAAAAAGAAAAAAAGCAGGACAUUUUGACGCCCAAAAUGAGACAAACUGUACUGCUUGGUGGAAACCGGGUUCAAUUUGACAUCAUGUCAACCCAGCGUUUAGCCCCGCCCUCUUUCCUACGGCUCGGAACCCUCAGCAAUCACAAAUGACCAUUGUCUCACACACAAA